AAAGCAAUUUUCCGCUCAAUUUGCUGGCAGCAGAGGGAAUUUCCAUUGCCAUUGGCAGUCAGCAGCAGAAGCAGCAGCAUCGGAGAGUGAACCAGCUGCGCCUUGCUCUUCCACUGCCCCCUCAGCUAUACUGAGGCUGCUUUUGGACUCUGUUAAGUGAACGAGGUGAUGAAUCCCUCGCUUUUGGUUUAUCUUACGCUCGCGGAGAAAUAAUGGUCUCUACGUCUAUGAAAAUAAAUAAAUAAGCCAGUGACAGUGUAUGUUGUUCCCGAGCUGCCGAUCCAAUCAGACACCCCAGGAAAAUAUAGCUGUAGUAGGAGCCUGAGGAGCUUUUCCUGGAGAACGAGUGCAUUGAAAUUGUGUCUCAUGUGGGUGCUUCAAAGUCCAUACAGUGUUAGGCAAGUUCACUUUAGCAAUCAUCUUCACUAUAGCCCUUAUAGGCGUUGCUAUUCAAGUCCACCUGUCUGCUUUAUCUCCCCUUCAAAUCCAAUUACAAAAGGCGGCAAAAGCAAUGACCAAUUGAUUCAAUCAUUAUGUAAACAAGGAAGCCUCAAGCAAGCCCUCCAGGUCCUUUUUAAGGAGCCCAAUCCAUCUCAGCAUACAUAUGAACUUUUGAUCUACUCUUGUGCCCACCAGAACUCGCUUUCUGAUGGCCUUGAUGUUCAUCGCCACCUCAUUGGCAGUGGCUUUGACCAAGACCCAUUUUUAGCCACUAAACUCAUCAAUAUGUAUGCUGAAUUAGGGUCUAUUGACCAUGCACGCUGGGUAUUUGAUAAAACUCAGGAAAGAACCAUAUAUGUCUGGAAUGCACUCAUCCGUGCACUAGCUAUGGCAGGUCAUGGUGAGGAGGUGCUGUAUUGGUAUAGUCAGAUGAAUUGGGGUGGGAUCCCGUCAGAUAGGUACACAUAUACUUACGUGCUCAAAGCUUGUGUUAAUUCAGAGUCAACAAUCUUUCCUCUCCAGAAGGGGAAGGAGAUUCAUGCCCAUAUUCUGCGACAUGGCCAUGAAGCUCGUGUUCAUGUUAUGACAACUCUGCUGGAUAUGUAUGCUAGGUUUGGUUGUGUAUCAAAUGCAAAUUCUGUGUUUAAUGCCAUGCCUGUCAAGAACUCAGUCUCAUGGAGUGCUAUGAUUGCAUGUUAUGCAAAAAAUGGUGUGCCCAUGAAGGCUUUGGAGCUUUUUCAAGAAAUGGUUCGUGAGGAACGUGAGUCAGUUCCAAACUCUGUGACAAUGGUAAGUGUGCUUCAAGCUUGUGCAGCUCUUGCUGCUUUGGAGCUAGGAAAACUGAUUCAUGGGUAUAUUCUUAGAAGGGGUCUUGAUUCAAUCCUGCCUGUUCUUAGCGCCCUUAUAACAAUGUAUGGAAGAUGUGGUAAGCUUGAAUUGGGGCAACAUGUGUUUGAUCAGAUGAGAAAGCGAGAUGUUGUUUCAUGGAAUUCUUUGAUAUCAAAUUAUGGGAUGCAUGGUUUUGGAAGAAGGGCUAUCAAGAUUUUUGAAAAAAUGACCAGCCAAGGAAUUUCACCGAGUCCCAUAUCAUUUAUAAGUGUUUUGGGAGCUUGCAGCCAUGCAGGCCUUGUCGAGGAGGGGAAGAUUUUAUACGAGUCUAUGGUAAGUAAGUAUGGGAUUCAUCCAAGUAUGGAGCAUUAUGCUUGUAUGGUGGAUCUUCUUGGCAGAGCAAACCGGUUGGAUGAAGCAAUCAGAAUUAUAGAAGAUUUACGCAUUGAACCAGGACCCAAGGUCUGGGGCUCCCUGCUUGGAUCUUGUAGGAUUCACUGUAAUGUCAAAUUUGCAGAGCGAGCCAGCAAAGCGCUUUUUGAGUUGGAGCCUUGGAAUGCUGGCAACUACGUUCUUUUAGCUGACAUAUAUGCUGAAGCUAAGAUGUGGAAUGAAGUAAAGAGAGUAAAAAAGCUUUUGGAAGCUCGUGGGCUGCAAAAGAUUCCAGGCUGCAGUUGGAUUGAAGUUAAAAGGACGAUAUAUUCAUUUGUCUCUGUUGAUGGGACAAACCCGCAAAAUGAACAACUCCAUGCUUUCCUACAGAAAUUGUCGAGUGAGAUGAAGGAGCAGGGUUAUGUUCCGCAGACAAAAGUUGUUCUUUAUGAUCUUGAUGAAGAAGAGAAGGAGAAAAUCAUAUUGGGACAUAGCGAAAAGCUUGCUGUUGCUUUUGGACUCAUCAAUACUGCUAAGGGUGAAACUAUUAGGAUCACUAAGAAUUUGAGAUUAUGUGAAGACUGUCAUUCUGUUACAAAAUUCAUUUCAAAGUUCGCUGAUAGGGAGAUUCUUGUUAGGGAUGUCAAUCGUUUCCACCACUUCAAAGAUGGGGUAUGCUCUUGCGGCGACUACUGGUAGUUCUCUGUAGAAUUUUAUGCAGUAGAAACGCCCAAUAAAUUAGUUCCCAUAUUGUCAGAGAAAUUUUAUGAAGGUAUAAUUUAAUAUACAGCGAGAGCUCCGUUUGUUGCUGAUUAUU